AUGAGCAACCAGCAGAAAUGUAAAACCCCAAACACUUCAAGGAAACGAGCAUCAACACCUCGAAGCAAGACGGGCUGCAUCACUUGCAAAAUCCGGAGGCUCAAAUGCGGUGAGGAGAAACCAAGUUGUCUUCGAUGUGUCAAAUCCGGAUGGCAGUGUGAUGGCUAUGAAUACAACGGCACGGGCGAAUCUUCUUCUAGGGGGGCAAAUCGUUCUCUUAUGCCAGCAAGUGACCAUGUGCUACUGCGUCCUCGAUCACGGUCGCCUCAUUCUCCAAUUUUACCUCGAACUCCUUCGCGAAGCCCGUCGUUGAAUAGACCUCUAGACGAACACAAAGAACAGUAUUUCCAGAAGUUCGUCGAGGAACAGUCAACCAAUAUUUUAGAUCAAGAUGCCUUUAUAUGGAGGGACUUGGCAUUGCAAGAAUCUCACACCAACUCUUGCGUUCGACAUGCGAUCGUGGCUAUUGGAGCUUUAAUAGCGAGUACCCAAAAAUCACCAGGCGGACUCACCUUGAUGGAUGGUUCAAAUGGUUACCAUCGAGAAUUCGCCUUGCAGCAAUAUCAAAAAUCCAUUCGAAGUCUUCGUGAGAGCAUUGGAGACAUGGACACGCCAGAUGGUUCUAGGAAGACCUUAAUUUCUUGUCUGGUACUUGCUUUCUUUGACAACUUCAUCGGAAACGGCGGCUUUGCAGUUCAACACUUACGGUAUGCCCGUAAUAUACUGCUAAACUCAGCACCAUUGCGAAUGCCACCCUCAAGUCUGCAUCCACGAAAUGCCGAAGACGCUUUAUCGUAUAUGGUCCUACGAUUAGAAUACCAGGACAUCACUGCCAAUGGUUUUAGUGACAGUCGUGAAUUUGUGACCCUAGAGCCAAUUCAAUCAAAAGUCCACUUGCCAGAGCAAUUCGGAGAUCUAGCAGAAGCUCGUUCAUACUCCCUGGGCCUACAGUGGGAAGGUUACCACUUCUGGUACCGGACAGCGUAUUGCAACUUCAUACCUCGGGAAGCUAUUGCUCUAGACAUCCAAGAGGACCGAAUCUAUCUAAUCGAGCAAAUACACCAAUAUCACUCUAGGGUGGAACCCUUUAUGCUAGCAGCACCCCCAGACUACUCAUCUCACCCACUCCUCCGCGCAUCUUCGAUUAAAUACCAUACAGUCAUUCUCCUCCUCCGCCUGAGCCUAAGCCUCAAUGACCCAGAGACCGAAGCAGAUAAUCACCUCCACUACUUCGAAUACAUCUUCUCCAUCGCCCGCGAUGUAAUUGAAUACGAGAUGGAUAUUGAAUCGCCAACAGAAAACGAAGUCUACACUUUCGAAGCCCGUACCAUCGACGCCCUCUUUUUCGUCGCCACAAAAUGCCGCAACAGUUCUCUCCGUCGCCAAGCCAUCUCCCUCAUGCUCUCAUCGCAUCGACGCGAAUGGAUGUGUUCGUCGCUAGUCGCCGGCCAGGUUGCAGCUUGGAUGAUGGGCUUGGAGGAGCAUGGUAUGGAUGAGACUGGGUAUAUUCCCGAGGAGAGAAGGGUGUGGGGAGAGUAUUUGGACAUGGAUUUGCAGAGACGGACGGCGUUGGUCAAGUGUAAGCUGGGGAUGAAAGGGACGAAUGAUUGGGCGGAGAUGGCGACGGAGAUUUCA